AUGGGAGCAUACUUGUGCAUUACAAUGCCAGCACGAGGGCAACGGGAUCCAGCCGUCGAAGAUGCUAUGGACAAAGGAACGGAAGACACAAAACGUAUGCUGCACGAGUACUUUGAAAAUGCAGGCUGGGAAGCAAAGCGGGUAUUGGAAGGAAUGGACCAUGCAGAAGACUUCUACAUGAGCCGGGCUGCGCAGGUGAAGCUUUCAAAAUGGACAAACGGACGUGCUCUUGUACUGGGAGAUGCAGCCUUCGCAACUUUUGGUGUCGGAACGAGUCUUGCUAUUGGGAGUGCUUACAUACUGGCGGGAGAGCUGUCGAAGAUACAGAGCAGCAAUGAUGUUCCACAGGCUCUGGAGAAAUACGAGGAGGUCUUUCGCCCAUUGUAUGCAAAAAUGGAAGAACUUCCACCCGGUUUUCCACAAAUUGCAUUUCCACAGACUGCUUGGGGCCUUCGGUUAAGAGACUCUGCAUUGUGGUUUGUGAGCAAGACAAAGAUGUACAAACUUUUCCAGGGUGAUUCAGGGAUUGACUGGAAAAUGCCGUGUUACGAUUGGGUAGGGAUCUGA